CCCCUCGCUGAGCUGUCCCUGGCUGAUGACGUAGCCUAGUCGCUGUUUACCAUAGCGGCUAUCUGUUAGCUAAUUGAAAGAAAAUGUGGGUUUUAUAGCUGCCAUAACAGUCUUAGUUUUCGAAGCAAGUACAAGUAUUUCUUUCAGAAUGAACAAUAAUAGAACCUCGUAUUUCUAUGACCCAGACGUGGGCAACUUUCAUUAUGGUGCUGGCCACCCCAUGAAGCCCCACCGUUUGUCUCUGACUCACAGUCUGGUGUUGCACUAUGGACUCUACAAGAAAAUGAUGGUGUUCAAGCCAUACAAAGCGUCACAGCACGACAUGUGUCGGUUCCACUCUGAAGACUACAUCGACUUCCUCCAGAAGGUCAGCCCCAACAACAUGCAGGGCUUCACCAAGAGCCUCAACACAUUCAACGUUGGAGAUGACUGUCCUGUGUUUCCAGGUCUUUUUGAGUUUUGCUCAAGAUACACAGGAGCCUCCUUACAGGGAGCUACGCAGCUCAACCACAAGAUCUGUGACAUUGCCAUCAACUGGGCCGGAGGUUUGCACCAUGCCAAGAAAUUUGAGGCAUCUGGGUUUUGUUACGUCAAUGACAUAGUCAUCAGUAUCCUGGAGCUGCUAAAAUACCACCCUAGGGUUCUGUACAUCGACAUAGACAUUCACCACGGUGACGGCGUACAGGAAGCCUUUUACCUGACUGACCGCGUCAUGACUGUGUCCUUCCACAAAUACGGGAACUACUUUUUUCCAGGAACAGGUGACAUGUACGAGGUCGGAGCAGAGAGCGGCCGGUACUACUGCCUCAACGUCCCUCUCAGAGACGGCAUCGACGACCAGAGCUACAGACAGCUGUUCCAGCCGGUUUAAACAGGUGGUGGAUUUUACCAGCGACCUGCAUCGUUCUACAGGCCUGUGUGUGUUCUCUUCCAGUGUGGAGCAGAUUCCCUGGGCUGUGACAGACUGGGCUGCUUCAACCUCAGUAUACGAGGACACGGUGAGUGUGUGGAGUUCGUAAAGAGUUUUAAGAUUCCUCUGUUGGUGCUGGGGGGCGGAGGGUACACCGUGAGGAACGUGGCUCGCUGCUGGACCUUUGAGACGUCUCUGUUAUUGGACGAAUCCAUCAGCGAUGAGCUGCCUUAUAGCGAGUAUUUUGAGUACUUUGCUCCAGACUUCACGCUGCAUCCUGAUGUCAGCACCAGGAUAGAAAACCAGAACUCCAGACAGUACUUGGAGCAGAUCCGCCAAACGGUGUUCGAGAACUUGAAGAUGUUGAACCACGCGCCCAGCGUCCAGAUCCACGACGUCCCCUCCGACAUGCUGAGCUACGAGCGCACCGACGAGCCCGACCCCGACGAGAGGGGGGGCGAGGAAAACUACACCAGGCCGGAGGCAGCCAAUGAGUUCUACGACGGUGACCACGACAACGACAAAGAGAGCGACGUAGAAAUUUGACCCGCGAGGAGGCAUUCUGUCUGCGUCAGCUGCCGUCUGCAAACAUCACAUCCUCACUGCAGAUUUAACAGAAGCUCAGACAUUUCUGACUGAAAAGACUGUCAAGCUCUGCUCUUUUAUUCCUCCGUAGGUUCUCUUUCUAAAAGAAAAAAAAAACAAUCCUCAAUCAGCACGGACGUUGGCUCCGGAGCCUCGUAGAUAACGUCACCGAGUACACCUCCACACACAACUGUAUUCCCAUUUCUAUUCUGGGUUGUCCAAACUGUAACAGACAGGGUGAGUCCACAUUACAGCAUACAUCAGUGUAAUGUAAAAGAUUACAAGAUAUGAUUUUCAUAUCAAGCAGUGUUGUGCACAUGAACAGUCAAACAUCAAGAUUUUGUUAAAGCAUAUUUUUCUCUACUUAAUCUUUUUUUGUUAUCGCAGCAAUUGCAAAUAUUUUAAUCAAAUGAAUAGAACUUUUUGUUUGGAUUUGGGACACAGCCUAAGCAAUGGAGGUUUUGCCACACACAACAUUGUUUUGAGCAUCCCAAAUGUUUAACCCCCGAGAGCAAAGAGCAGCUACUUCGGAGCCCAGUGUGACAGAAUUUAGUGUAAAGGAGAAAAAAAAAAACUCACCUCCAGGUGGUCAUGAAAAAAGAAAUGAGUUAUUUCAUCUUUCAAGACACGUCAGAUUCUGUUUGAGUGCCUGCCACGAUCCAUUAGUCACACAUUAGCCAGUCCAGAUGUUUAAAGCCACGCCUAAACUGUGGACAGAAUCUCAAAAAGGUACAAAUUAUUACAACUGUCAUCUUAGUUCAACACUUUUCCUAAUUUUUACAGUAGCUGUCAGAAUGUUGUUUUUUAAAUCCUAGCCUUAUUCAUGUGCCUUACAGCUCUGAAAAGGCAAGCAUUGGUGUAGAGCCGGGUACUUUGACAUCAUCGAUUUAGAUUUCCACAAGGUAACAUCUGUAAAGGAGGCAACUGGGCUUGAGCUGAUCCAAACAGGAAUUAUUUUGUCUUUUUAUUCCUUUAUAUUCUCUCAUUUGGAUUCUCUGCUCAUUACUGUAUAUAUGUACACAUAUAAAUGUGAAUGUGUGUAGUGUAGAAAGGGCAACUGUGCUGAUGAUGAGGCUGGCAGUGAAACGUUUUGUACUGAAGCAGGCAUGUGGUUCACUGGUGAGAUGUGGGGGUGCUGGUUCUUCACUGUGCUCAUUCCGGAUCAGUAGAACCGUUUGAAGCCACUGUAGAGUUACAUUCUGUCACCUCCAGUCCUAUUUUAGGCAGGAACUAGUUUUGUGAUUUUUGAUAUUGUCUUUUGUUUUUAAUAAAAAGUUGAAUUGAA